AUUCGGAUAAAUUAAUAGCUGAUGGAUCCAUUGAACUUUUAUCUCGCAGCGACAUCUCACGCUGUGCAUUUGCCUUGGUUGCGCAAUCAAACGAUGAUUUGUAUACCAGAGUCAUGCGUGACGUUGAUCGAGAAAAAUCGCAUUGGAAAUAAAUCUAUGUAACUGCGUUGGAAAAACCCCUCGUCUCCGCUCGUCAAUAAUGAACGAGCUCGCGACCGACGGUGCGCGUCGCGGUGAAAAAUCUUCAUGUCGCAACACACACCUGCCCAAUAAAAAAUAUUCCUUAUCAACGCGCCGAUAACGCGGUAACAGCUCAACUUGUCCCUGGUAUUUUUACAUCAAGCUCUAAUGGGCUUUAAGUAUAUCGCGCGUCAUCGCUCGAGUGUCAAUGAACGAUAAAUCCCCGCUUGCGGACGUAUUAUUCUCGCUCGCGCGCACCGCCGGGAAACACUUGUAAUCAUCUGCAGCUCAAUUGCAAAGAACAUACGUGCGUGUGUAAGCUGUACCUAUUCUGUGUCUGGUAGCUGUUAAAUAAGUGCGCGAAUCUUCGGGAAGUGCAGUCACAGUCAGCCGAUCUCACGUAGCGUGUGUACGAUCGGUAAGAAAUCGGCACUUAUCGGGGGACCGUUUGACUGUAGAAAAAAAAAAAGAUGGACGAGGUACUCAGUCCUGGACAGCAGAUCAAAGCCACUCUCGAGAUCGGGGAAGUGCUCGAGCUGUUGAAAACGCACUACGGUAUUGACACCCAAACCGUCGUCGAGCUCGAUGCCUACGACGAUCGUAAUUACCGGGUCGAGCUGACGUCCGUGUCGGUGGCUGACAAUCCGUACAUCCUUGACAAGGUGCCCAAGCACGGCUACAUCUUGAAGAUCAUCAACAGCCUGGACUCGAAGGACACCCAGUUUUACGAGGCCCAGUCCGAGCUGCUCGUGUUUCUUGAGGAAAAGGGUAUUGUCUGUCCCAUACCGGUCAAGCAGAGGGAUGGGGCUUACUUUUCGACCGUUACUCUCAAGAGUGGCAAGAGUCACCUGUUGCGGCUGCUCAUCUUCCAGCCGGGCGAGAUCCUGGGCAAUUUGGCUCACGUGUCGGCAGCUCUACUGUCCAACCUGGGGAGUUUCGCGGCCACCCUGAACCUCACCCUGCAGGGCUUCUCGCACCCGGGCUACGCCAACCGCACCUCGCUCUGGAUCCUGCAGGCGGUGACGAGGCUCCGGCGGUUCGUCUCCGCCCUGAAGAGCGACUCGGAGCGCGAGCUCGUCGAGAGCAUCGUCCGGGAGUUCGAGGCCCGAGUGCUGCCCGUCCACGAGAGCCUCGACCGAGGCAUCAUUCACGGUGACCUCAACGAGAGCAACGUCCUCGUCGGGGACUCCAAGGCGGAGAUCUCCGGGGUGAUAGACUUUGGCGACUCGCACGUCAACUGCUACGUGUUCGAGUUGGCGGUAUGUCUCUGCUACAUGAUCACCAAGGCCAACGACCUCGGGAUGGCCAGGCACGUCAUCGACGGGUACAAGAGCGUGCGGCCGCUCACGGCCGGCGAGCGGGAGAUCCUCAAGGUGUGCGUGUGCGCGAGGUUCGCCCAGAGCUUGACCCUGGGCGCGUACUCGCACUCGCGGGAGCCGGGCAACCUCUACCUGGUGCGGGACGCCGAUGACAAGUGGGCGCUGCUCAGGAAACUCUGGAAGACGAGGGAGUCCAGGAUCAGGAGCCUUUGGGGGAUCGAUGGCGACGAGUGAUCAAUGCUACGCAGUGCCUUACUGAUUUCUCGGUGAGAGAAUCUCGGUACACAUUGUUGCAAGUGCAUACAGCCGUGUUGAUUCAACCGCGGAUCCUAAAUGUGUACAAAGCGUUGAACGGUGCUUUGAUUGUUGGUGUUGUUGUUGUUAUACCUGGGCAAACACUUCUUCCUACCUUAUCUACAUCGUUGUGUACAAAAAUACAAUUUACGUAGAGCGCACCAUUGAUGCCCCAUUUUUACGAAUAAAAUAGAAGAUCUUAUUACCA